AUGGGCUCCCGGUUAGAGACCAACUCGAGCCUUGUGCGCAAGCGCAUCGAGAACCACACCUUCAGCGAUGAGCAAGGGGAGGAAUAUGAGGCAUCCAAGUUCGGCGGGUUCGCCGACUACAUGCGCAGGAAGAAGCUCAAACUACAGAACCUCGACGCCGAGAUACGCUCGAGUGCCACCGACAAACCGCCCAUCUUCCGUGGAGUGGUGGUCCAUGUCAACGGCUACACUCAACCGUCGCUGAACGAUUUGCACACUCUUGUAGUAAGCCAUGGAGGAGGGUUUCUUCAAUAUCUCGAUGGCAAGACUGCCGUCACUCAUGUUGUCGCCAGCAAUCUCACCCCUAAGAAGACGGUCGACUUUGCCCGGUACCGCAUCGUCAAGCCGGGUUGGAUCGUCGACAGUGUCAAGGCAGGGAGGUUGUUACCCUGGGACACGUACAGACUGCUCGAUGAGGGUGUUACACAGAAAAUACUGCGCUUUGAGCAGGGGCAGAUCGUGAGUCAAACGAAUACUCAGCAGCACGGUUACAGAGAUCAGACCGAGCACAGUUGGUACACUUCUCAAUUGCGUCAAGGGCAGGGAGGUACGCCGGGAGAGUAUCCGAAGAGCCCACACCAUCAGGAACCAAGUCCUGCGGCGAUGGGCCAACCUGAUGAAAUUGAGGAGGAUGCUUCAAUUGAUCCUGCGCCAGGAACCGACGACGAGAUGCAAUCCGCUCAGGGCGCAGAUUGUAUCGUAGAUGUUGAUGACAGAGUUUCAACCGUGGAGGGCAUCGAGCACUCUCCCUCUCGUAGUCAUCAACAACUCAGGGAAGAGAUUCUGCAGCAACCCACCUUGAAUCCAGCCCAGGAUACAGCUUCGCCAGGUGAACCAUCAAAGUUCGAGAAACGCCAGUUGACUGCAGAAGAACACAAUGCUAUCCUGCUAUCGAAUCCGCAUCUAGCCAAGUCCAGCACCGCCAACCCAGACUUCCUGAAUCAGUAUUACCGCGAAUCUAGAUUGCACCAUCUAUCGACAUGGAAAGCUGAGUUGAAGGCUCAGAUGCAAGCACGCGCCCAAGAGAAGUCAUCUUCCCAGGGGUCAAGGCAGAAGCGAGCACCAGGAUCAAGGCGCUAUAUCAUGCAUGUGGACUUCGACAGCUUCUUUGCUGCCGUAUCAUUGCGCAAGCAUCCUCAACUGGUCGAGAAACCCGUGGUGAUUGCGCAUGGUAGCGGACCAGGCUCCGAAAUAGCAAGCUGCAACUAUCCGGCGAGGAAGUAUGGCAUCAAGAACGGUAUGUGGAUGAAAACUGCCCAAGGCCUGUGUUCCGACCUGAAAGUCCUCCCAUAUGACUACAAAGCGUACGAAGAAGCGAGUCGGCAGUUCUACGACUCCAUCUUGGCCAUCGAUGGCGUUGUACAAAGCAUCAGCAUCGACGAGGCGCUGGUGGACAUCAGCGAACAGUGCAUCAAGGCCGGCGGCUCAGAUGGUAAAGGGAUUUCGGAAGGCUCCAUCUACCGGGAGCAAGAAUGUGCUCAAGGGCUGGGACACGCACUGCGAGCCUCAGUCAAGGAAAAGACCGGCUGCGACGUGUCUGUUGGUAUAGGUGGCAACAUCCUUCUCGCCAAAGUAGCACUUCGCAAAGCGAAACCGGCUGGACAACAUCUCAUCAAGCCGGAGGAGGUCCUUGACUUUCUCGGCGAGCUGACCGUCACGGAACUGCCUGGCGUUGCAUGGAGCAUUGGCAACAAGCUGGAGGAAAUUGGAAUCAAAUACGUCAAGGACAUCCGAUCAUGCACCAAAGAACGCCUGGUCAACGCCCUGGGGCCCAAGACUGGUGAAAAGUUAUGGGAUUAUUCCCGGGGCAUCGACAAGCAAGAAGUGGGUGAUCAAAUUGUUCGCAAGUCUGUGUCGGCUGAAGUCAACUGGGGUAUUCGAUUCGUCAAUCAGCAGCAGGCGGAGGAGUUUGUGCAAAGCCUGUGUGAUGAACUUUCUCGGCGUCUGCUGGAACAGCUGGUAAAGGGAAAGCAGCUGACCAUGAAGAUUAUGCGCAAAGCAGCAGAUGCAGGUCUGGAUCCUCCGAAGAGUCUGGGACACGGCAAAUGUGACACCUUCAACAAAAGCAUCGCGCUUGGUGUUGCUACUACUGACAGUGCUAUCCUGGGUAAGGAGGCCAUCUCCAUCCUACGCAGCUACGGCUUCCCUCCGGGAGAGCUCCGUGGGCUGGGGGUGCAAAUGCAGAAACUGGAACCUUUAAAGCCUUCUGCCCCUGGCAGUGCCCCUCUGCUGGAUGGGAGCCAGCGCCGGCUGCAGUUCAAGAAGCCGGCGACGCCCUCCUCAAGGCCACCCGCGCAGCCAGAUACCAGGACCACGCCUCCGCCAGGGUCUCGCACGCCGAGGCUCAAGAACACAGUCGACCCGAUCGAGGAGAUACCCACGCCAGAGAAGCCGAAAGACGAUGGCACGAUACCCAGCGCCCUCGACGCUAACAGUGCAGUCGACAACGAAGAAUUGAAUCGCAGACCUCUGAAUAUCAGUGGUACACAGUUCAUCAUUCCUUCACAGAUUGAUCCCACUGUGUUGGCCGAACUGCCCGCAGAUAUUCGGACCAAGCUGGACCCCAAGCAGAGGACCAUAUUGGACAGCAUAAGCAGCAUGGGCCGCUCGGCGACUCCACCGGUAGACUUGCUGUCCAGGUCUGCAUCGCCCUACCUGAGCGACGGCGAGGCAGGGCUGCCAAGGGAGAGCCAACUCGACCCUGAAACUCUGGCCGCAUUACCCCCCGACGUUAGGGAAGAAGUACUCGCUCAGUACAAAGCGCAAGGGAAGACGGAUAGAAUACCACGUCACCAGGGAUUUUUGCCUCAAUCACCGCAGAAGAGCAAAAAUCUACCCCCUUCAAAGAAAAUGGCGGUGACACCGACGAAGAAACAGAAGACGACCAGUCUAUUUGGGAAAUCCCGAUUAAAAAGGACCGGCGAGUCAUCAUCAUCGACACUUACGCAAUCGAAUUUUGUGGCAAUGCCCAAAUCCCAUGCAGGCCUGGACGAUGCGAAUCCGUAUGACUCCCACGAGAUAUCAGAAUCUUUCCUUAGCGAAUUGCCCGAAGAAAUUCGCCUGGAAAUCUUGGCUGAACAGAAAAGAAACCGACUGAAGACGAAAUCUGGCUUGAACCUUGACAAUGGUAGAAAAAGACCCAAGGCGACAACGAACCAAGCCGACGCAGACCUCCGGGGUCAACAGAGACUGCAGCUUGCAAAGGCCUCCGAGAAGCCCACGUUCACAUCUCAGAGGCUCAGUGCCCUGCCUGAACUGCGAGAUGCCAUCUCUGCAUGGGUGAGAGAGUUCUCUGCAGAUGGAGAAGGCCCUGAGCAGGAAGACGUCGGUGCCCUUUCCGAUUACCUAGGCAAGGUGGUCUCCAUUGAACGGGAUAUGGCCAAGGCGGUUGCGGUCGUCAACUGGCUUGGGCUGAUGAUAGAGUAUGAGAACUUCAAGAGGGACGACGUCCGUCAAUCAUGGGAAGACGCCCUGGCAGCAUUGAAGACAGACGUGCAGGCUGCUGUGAUCAACAGAGGCCUCCCAGCAGUCGUGUUUGAUUGCUAG